GGGGAUUUGCUGGGAUACAGACUGAGCCUGAAUCAGGAUGGAAUGUCUGCAGAAGUUAUUAGAAAGUAUAGUGUCUCUGAAAGUCAGGGCGUACGUGAAGGACUACUGCAAGAGGAAUGGUCUGCUGACACUCUCGGUCUUUGCGGUAGUGACCGGCUGUGUGCUUGGAUUUAUACUCCGGUCAUUCAACCUCUCCACACAGGCCAAAAUCUACUUCUCCUUCCCUGGAGAACUGCUGAUGAGGAUGUUGAAGAUGUUGAUUCUGCCACUUAUCACCUCCAGUCUUAUGUCUGGCCUGUCAGCCAUGGACACCAAGGCAAGUGGUCGUCUGGGAGUCCUGACUAUCACUUAUUACCUGUGGACGACCUUCAUCGCUGUCAUCGUUGGUAUCGUGCUGGUUAUCAUCGUUCACCCAGGGACCGGCUCUGAAAAAGACAGUCACCAUUCACAUUCAGGGCCUGUUAUGACCUCUGCUGAUGCUCUGCUGGACCUCAUCAGGAACAUGAUCCCAUCAAACCUGAUUGAAGCAACUUUUCAGCAGUACCGGACAGAUUUGGUACCCAUUGUACAGAAUAAUGAAGCAAAAGUGUCUCAGGCCAACUAUGUAUACGUCAUGCCUGAUUACCACAACCCUCGCCUGGGUCAUCCAGUCUUCCUGGAGAUCACCCCUGCACCUGACAUCAAGUAUAAGAUUGUCCCAAGUACAAGCAAAGGCAUGAAUGUACUGGGGAUUGUCAUCUUCUCAGCUACAAUGGGUCUGCUGCUGGGGAAAAUGGGGGAACGUGGCACACCACUCGUCAAUGUGUGCCAGUGCAUCAACGAGUGUGUCAUGAAGAUCAUCAAUGCUGCUAUGUGGUAUUUUCCCUUCGGCAUUGUGUUCCUGGUGGCAGGAAAGAUCCUGGACAUGCACGACCCAGCACAUCUGGGGGAGAAGCUGGGCAUGUACUUCAUCACUGUCCUGUGUGGUCUCUUAGUGCAUGGCCUCAUCCUGCUGCCUCUCUUUUAUUUCUUCUUUACUCGCAAAAAUCCAUUCACCUUUAUCAGAGGGCUGCUGCAGGCUCUUGUCAUUGCACUGGCUACAUCUUCCAGCUCAGCCACGCUGCCAAUCACUAUGAAGUGUCUCCUGGAGAACUGUGGAGUUGACCGGCAAAUUGCUCGAUUUGUGCUUCCAGUGGGAGCCACUAUCAACAUGGAUGGAACAGCCCUGUAUGAAGCAGUGGCAGCCAUCUUCAUAGCUCAAGUCAAUGAGUAUGACUUGGACUUUGGCCAGCUGGUCACUAUCAGUAUAACAGCAACCGCAGCCAGCAUUGGAGCAGCUGGGAUACCUCAAGCGGGUUUGGUUACAAUGGUGAUUGUCCUGACCUCUGUGGGUUUACCACCUGCUGACAUCUCCUUGAUCGUAGCCAUUGACUGGGUGCUUGAUCGAUUCAGGACAAUGAUCAAUGUUCUGGGUGAUGCCUUAGCUGCUGGGAUUAUGGCUCAUAUAUGCAAGAAGGACUUUGAUAAAUCAGCAACCGCUGCUUCUGCUGCUGUACCUGCUGUUGCCAAUAAAGAACGGAGAGACACAGUAAUCUCCUUUGGCAACCAGAGCGUGGCACUGUCUGAUGCUCCGCUGAUCACACAUCGCUGCGAUUAUGUGUUUGAAGUGGAUGGAGACAACGUGCUGGAGAAACCCGUGCCCUGCUACAACCUCUGUCAAGUCUGAGACACUUUUACACGAUGCCUUCUACAGCACGUAGAUGCACCUACAAAGGCACUUACCGAGGCUCUAAAAGUUCACUCAAAGCCUGUGCCAUGCAGAAACCUGUACUACUUGAUAUAAUGUACAAAACAGCAUGUCUCUACUCAGCUUUGCAUGUAGAGAGAUGUGAGGAGAUGCAUUUUAUUAAAUCUUGUUCAUGUCUGACAUGAACAUGCGUUACGAUGACAUCCAUUGGAUGGAGAUCAGUGUUUAUCAGUUCCAGGGGGACAAUUAAACAUCCACAGUAGACCCGUCAUAAUGAAACAUGAUUGCAGUUUUAACUUAA